AAGUAUAAAUUCAGUUCACAAUUGUAUCUCUUGCGAGAAGGGUGCAUCACUGUACCGAGCACUUUAUGUACACAGUGAUACGCGUCUUUACAAUUUUGAUAUGGCUUCACAAUCCAACACAACAUCUUCUCCGAAAUCGAACGAACUUCUUCGGUUCUUUUUCGCCAGUUCCUCUCAAGGUUUCGCUGGUUUUGUUACAAAUCCUAUAGAUGUGAUUAAGACCCGAAUGCAAGUGGAUGGAGAGUUGAAGAAAACGCAAAAUGUCGGCGAACAAAUGCAGAGCCGUUACUACAAGGGUUUCGUUCGCGGAUCGCUUCGCAUAAUGCGAGAGGAGGGUUUUUCUGGACUGAUGCGCGGUGCCGUUCCUGGGACAUUAAGAGAUGUUACUUACUCGGGCAUGAGGAUUUACCUGUACGAGCCGUUUAAAAACGUAUUCGGAGGUGGUGUUCAUCUUCACGAGAAAAUUUUGGCUGGCAUCUGCUCAGGCGGCAUAUCGAGUUUUGUCGCUACUCCGCUAGAUGUCGUAAAAAUCCGUCUUCAAGUCAAAGGUGAACGACGUUACCGUAGCUUAACACACGGUCUAAUUGAUGUUGGCAGAAAUGAAGGCAUUGCUGGACUGUACAAAGGCUGGGCGCCAACGAUGAUCCGUGCCGCUGUCAUCACCGGCAGUCAAGUAGCAUCGUACGAUCAAAUUAAAAGAUUCCUAAUCGAACGAGACUACAUGAAUGAAGGUUUGGCUUUGCAUACGGUAGCGUCAUUCUGUGCAGGUCUCAUUGCUACAAUAACAACGUCACCCGUCGAUGUCAUCAAAACUCGGUAUCAGAAUACGCCCGCCCACUUGGGCAUAUACUCCGGUGUCUUCGAUUGUUUUGUUAAAUCGGUUAAGGCGGAAGGUGUGUUCGGUUUGUACAAAGGUUUUCUGCCGAAUUGGAUGCGCCUUGGACCGCAUUCAGUUAUUUCACUGUUGAUGUACGAUAACAUGUGCAUUGCUUUCGGAUUGAAACCGAUUUGAUUGACAUAAUUGUAACUCCGUAAAGUGAACUCAAUAUAAACAGAAUUCCGACCCGAAAUCUUAGACAUUUUGAUUAUAUUGAUCGACGAUACACACCGUUGGUCCAUGCAUUUAAACACGACAUUACAGUGAAGGGAAUCCAUUUAUUUUCAUGUGUUCAUUUCGACAGACAAAAAAAAGUUUUUUUUUAAAAAAGGAAAGUGAUUUGAUCCCAUGAUCCAUGACUAUGUGCUAAUCUCAUAACAAAACGGAAAAUUCGAAAUGCAUCUCUUCCACCCAUUUUUGUAUUUUACGUUAUUGCAACUUAAGC